AUGCCAAUUGAAAUAGCCCAAGAAGAUUUUCAAAAGCAAGAAGUUGGUCUUUUGGCCACAGUAAUGGAAAAAAUUGAUGCUAAGGUUCAAGGUAUAUUUGAAAAUAUACCCGCGCAAUAACAUUUUACCGUCGUUGUAGCCAUAUUCAUAUUUUGUGGUUUAUCAUGAUAAUUGUGGCUAAUUUAUCGAAAUUAAACAUGCAUUAUAUAAUUUAAAAGACAGCGUAUAUUUUUUUUAAGAAUGGGUAGACUCCAUCGAAUCGCCGUCGACUUGUGAAAGAAAUGACAGGCAUAAUUCAAUUGGGCAGGUAAAUACUUCAUUGCAUGUACACAAAAUGAUUUACCGAAUACCGAUCACAUUUUUAUCAAUUGUAUAAUAUAUUUAAUUAAUUAGUUGGUCUAUAAACGUAUGUCAUAAUAGGUCAAAUUGAUUUUUUUGUACAGGCAUUGACACCGAACACUAAAAACCUUUUUACGUCUUUGACGCCACAGCGGAAAGAACUGUUUGUUAAGGUAAUAUAGUACUACACAUAUAAUUUUUGUUAGUGCCGUAUAACCAUGUCACGUUAAUUUUUAAGAAUAGUCUGCACUAUAUGCAAGUUUUAGGCUACGCACGUAAAAAUCCCUCAACAAAAUGUCUUGGCUCUUGUAGUUGUGUUCACAACAAACUGGUAACAACGUAUGAACAAGAAGUUGAAAUGUUAUAAUAACAAGUUACUUUUGGAUAUUUUUACUAAGGGUUAUGAGGCGGGAUGUUCAUCCUCCAUUAUUACCACUGAAUCUGAUACAAAUCAGUCCAUAACUCCAGCGUCAGUGAUAACCUGUAAUGCACCAAUUCCACUUUCAUCACGCGGUACCAAAGGCAAUGGGGGCGAUUCUUUAAAUACCAUGCAGCAUGAGGCACAUGGCAAUCCGGCGAAGAAACGCCUGUUUCCAAAUGAAACAAUAGGCGCAAUGGCGAGGUCAACUUACCAAUAUUCUGUACAAGGUCAGUAUAAUAUACGAUUUAAUUCAUCUUUUUUCGCGCAAGAUUUAUUCUCUCAUGUGGGCUGCUCUUAAUUCUCACCAUGCAGUCGAAACAAAUCGUGGACGCAUGUGAUUAUAAUAUAAUAAUAAUAAUAUAAUAAUAUAAUAAUGUAAUUGUACAUGAUACACUUUGUACAUGAUACAAACUAAUUAAAGACAAAUAAAGACGGCGGAUUAGACAAGUCGUGACAGGGGAAAGGACUCUCGUCCCAAUUGAACCUAACCUAUAUAUAAAAGACGAUAAAUGUAAAUACAGAUAAAGAACCGAGGUAAUAACACAUUAGUUAUAACAACUUAUACUAAGUCAUUUGAAUAUUGACCAUAAAGUUACUGAACGUUUGCACAGUGCGACUUACCCACUAUACAGAUUACAAUUAUUCAAAAUCUUAUUGGCGUUCAAUGACUCAUUCGAGGACUCUCUCGUCUCUGAGGACUGUAGUCAGCACUCUUUAUACAAAAAGUGUAAUAAUGGUGCAUUUUAAUAGGUAUAUGCGUACUCGAUCAAGUAUCUGUGAAUGCAUGCUUUUUACGCACACUCUAUCAAAAGCAAACGUCUGUACGCUCUCUAAGCGUACUCGAUCAAAAGUAAUUAAACGGCUGUACCCAUAUUUUUUUUGUGCUCUAUCUAGUUUAUAUUCAAUCAAUAUUCCAUAAUAUUCCAUCACAUGUAUCAAAACUAUCAAACUUAAUUCCAUCGGAAUCGAAUACUACGUGCCGAGCAGUCAGGAAAUUUAGUUCUGCUAAAAAUAUUCUCUUAAAAAAAUUAAAUCCACCCAACACACAACCCUAAUUCCUACUCCCAAGAGCUAACCUUAAAAUCAGACUCAAAAGAAGUUGAUAUUUUUUUUAUUUUUUCAUUUAGCAAAGAAACAAACAUGUAAGAGAAAAGGAAAAGAGCCGAAGGCACGGGAAGGAAAAGAGACGAAGAAAACCAAAGGGAAAAACGUGGGCGUACAAUUAUGUGAUUUAUGUCGAAUUUGUCGAAAAGAGCAUUCACAAUCAGGAUUGUGGGUUCAAUGCGAUAGAUGUGAUCUAUGGUAUCACAUGUAA